AUUUUAUUUCACUCCUGGUCUUUCCUUUUUGUUGCUGUUUUUGUUAUGUUUUGUGUCUCACUGUUCAACAAAUGGAUGUUUUUUUUUUCCUUUUUCUGUUCUUUGAUUUUUUUUCCCCUUCUUUUCUGUAAUGGCUUUGUGUUUUUCUUGAUGUCAAAAUGUUGGUUUGCUCUUGACGAUGUUUGGAACUUCUAAUCCUUAAAUGGAUCUAUGAAUUUGGAAGAUGGAACUAAUCUGCAAUGAUGUUUUUUUUCUUAAGGAUUUGAUCUGAUGAUUGAUCUUGUUUUUGAGGUUUUUGAUUUGAACUUGUUUGUUUGGUCUCUGUUUGAAGCUUGUGUUUGUAGAUAAAGAAACAAAGGUCAGUUUUAGAAAGUUGUGAUCUUUUGAUUUUGUUAUUUUACUGCCUGUUUUUGAUAUAUAGAACUUGGAAUCUGUGAUCCUAAUGUUUUAGACUUAAUCUCAUCACUUUACUAAAUUGAUGGAACUAAAGUUUUGGAUUACACUGGUGCUUGCUUUUUGAUGGUUUAAGUUUUUAGUAUCAGUUUCUUGUUUCACCAAUUAUAUAACAGUGUUCAAGGAUGUUUCUUAUUGAGCGGUGAUAAAAUUACUAGUAAAAGUUGGACUGUUGUGAACUGGAAAGGGUGCGAUUUUUGGAAUGGCUUUUUAAAUGUUUUUAAGCAAUUAUUUAUUUUUAAUAAAACGAAAUUACUAAUAAGAACAAACUAAAUAAAUAACUUGUACACAGUUCCCAAAUAUGUUUUCACUAGUUUUGUUUUUCAUGUUAAGUUACAUUCCGAGUUCAUUUUCCUCCUGGAAAACCUCUUGAAGGAGAAUCUUGUUUCGAAGUUUUUGUUUCUCUUAAGUAUGUGGAAUAGUAAUUGAAGGACAAUGUUUAUCAGCUAUUUAACUCAUAAUUCAGAGACAAUCUAUGAAAAUAUUUUUCUUUCAUUCCAUUGGCAGGUUUUCCUUCAUUCAGUUGUAAGAGAACUGAGAUUGGCCAAGAUAAAAAGGAACAUACUCGAACUAUUACUCGAGAAAGAAAAAUUUUCGAGGCAGUUGCUGUGUCCACACGAGUUGAACUCUCAAAUGAAUUUCAGAAACUUUGAGGAUAUCCCACCAGGAGAAGGCCCUAUGGCUAAGGCGCAAGGAAAUUUCACAUUGACUAGACAGCCUUCCAUAUACUCUUUAACCUUUGAUGAAUUUCAGAACACUUGGAAUGGACUUGGAAAGGAUGUCGGUUCGAUGAAUAUGGAUGAACUUCUUAAAAACAUAUGGACUGCUGAAGAGUCUCAGGCUGUAACAUCUGCAGGUGCUGCUCCGGGCGGAGCUGGAAUCACCAAUGGUGGGAACUUGCAGAGGCAAGCUUCGUUAACUUUACCCAUGACCAUUAGUCAGAAAACGGUUGAUGAAGUUUGGAAAGACUUGAGUAAAGAGAAUACUAGUGUUAACGAAGGAAAUGGAAUCGAACCAAUGCCAGCUCGACGACAACCAACAUUAGGGGAAGUGACUUUGGAGGAAUUUUUAGCCAGAGCAGGAGUGGUAAGAGAAGAACCUCAACAUAUUGAGGAGCGGCCAUUUAACUGUGGAUUUUAUGGUGGAUUAUCAAGAGAAGACAACAAUGCUAGUUUGGCUCUUGGGAUGUUGAUGGGAAAUCAGAUAACUGAGAACAAAAAUAUGGUUUCUAAUCAGAAUCAAAAUUCAGUGUUUUUAGGAACAGGAGUUGUAAGGUCUUCUCAGCCGCAGCAGCAACAGCAGCCACUUUUUCCCAAACCAGCCAAUGUGACUUUUGCUUCUUCAAUGAAUUUAGUGAACACUCCCCAGCUUACCAACGGAUCUGGGACUAAUAUGGUUGUGGCCCCAAAACCUCCUUUGCAUGAUGCUUUAAUUCAAGGCACGGGCAUUGGUGCGAUCGGCUUAGGUACGAGAGGUGUAACUGUUGCUUCAAGAUCUCCUACAAGUACAAUAUCAUCUGAUGUGAUUACAAAAAACAGCAUAGAGACGUCUUCAUUUUCAUCCGUUCCAUUUUCAUUUGGCCGUGGUCGGCGAAGUAGUGGAGCUCUAGAGAAAGUGGUCGAGAGGAGACAACGAAGAAUGAUAAAGAAUAGAGAGUCAGCUGCAAGGUCACGGGCUCGUAAACAGGCUUACACCUUGGAACUUGAAGCAGAAGUUGCAAAACUCAAAGAAAUGAACCAAGAGUUGCAGAAGAAACAGAGAGAGAUAAUGGAGACACAGAAAAAUCAGGUUUUAGAGAAGAUGAAAUAUCAGUUCGGCGGCAAAAGAUUCUGCUUGAGAAGAACACUGACUGGCCCAUGGUAGAGGUACCAUGAUGAGUUGUCGAAUUUAGUUAUAGUGUCUGCAACAAGCACAGAAGCAGUGUGUAAAAAAAGGCUUAGACUGUGUGUUUCUAAUCUGAUUUCAAGUUUAGAGAUAGAUUGGUAGCUGUAGAUAUCAAAGUCGAGCACCGGUAUGUAGAUAGCUUACAGAAAGCAGAGUUGAGCUAUAUGCUGUAUAAAUGAUCCUUAUGUAUUCUAAUGGUUGUUUGCUUGGACCUUUGACCUCUGUAUCAUAAAAGUGGUUGUCAUAGUUUGCCUAACCAUUUCCUCCAUCAAA